AAAGCCAUUAUGUAUAUUCGACAUGUUGAAAUAGCACAAAGCUUUCGCGACAUUUCCUCAAACACAGUGAACUUCAAGGAGUGACACUUACGAAUGACACGGAUGAAUUACCUGGAUGAAUUUCGAAGAUAACAAGCGAAUUUUGCGAUGCUAUCGCAAGAUUUAAGAAGACUGAGAGGACAGUGGCUGCUUUUCAACAAGAGAGUAUUGUGCGUGAGUGACAUCCAUUUGACCAAGUUUUAAAUGACGACAAUUUCAUGACAGGUUGGAAUGAAGGGGAUAUGUUUCACGAAAGGAGAGAUACUUCACAUAACAACUACGAGAACGACAGGGUUGUACAGACGUCGACUUUUCCAGCCAUGUCUCGCGUAAACUUUGACGAGGGUGAAGAAUUGAAAUUGUCGUUCUCUGGUCGAGCACAUCGAAAAGAAUCAAAGUUUAACCGGCUGAAAAGCGAGGAAAGCGCCACUGUAAACAGUGAACGUUUGGUACACUUCGAAAACGAUUCUCCAACACACAAACCAAGUCUUCUCGAUCCAGGGCAGGGGAAUUUAUUGCGGAAGAGAACGUCUGAUCAAGAGCUAACCAGGAGCAGAAGUUUUUCAGAUAGCGAGGUGGAAGACCCCACGCGGAUUUCUGCAGAGCAGAGAGAGAAACUUGAACGUUUAAAACGUCAAAUAUUAGAGAAAAAUUUGAAGGGAAAGGGUGGAAGAAAAGUGAGUGGAGUACAACAAAGCACAGGGUUGACUGGAGAAAGCAGAUUUCCUGUUUUAACGGAGAAAUCAUUGAAGCGUUACGCAAAAUAUCACGAGACGGCACACGCAGCAGCGUCGCUAAGUACGAUAAAUGCAGAUCAAAGGAUUUCGGCAUUGACUGAUGUUAGUUCAGAACAAUAUCAAAAUUCUGAUAUCGAGACAGCAUCAAACGCGGAAAAAACAAGCGGCGAGUUUAUUGCAGCUCCUUCUCUAUCAACUUUAACAUAUUCUGAAAACAACCCAAUUAUUGAGCGGAAGGCUUACGGAUCAGACAUUCCAAGCCCGCCGAACAGCGAAGACGGCGACUUCGAAUCGAUCAGCACUAUUAGUGUCGCACGGUCACGAGCACGAUCCGAACCAGGUGAUGUAGCCACCCGAAAGGUAUCGACCGUACAGCAACUUCAAAAUCGCUCCAGAUCCGAAACUUACCAAUUGAACACGAAGGUUCAAUCGUUUGUAAAGAAACCACUUCCUGCAUUACCGCCCUCCACGUUACGCGUGAAGAAACAAGCUCCAGAAAAAGUGACCUCAAAAGCAGGCCAUUUUAAGGCGGGCGCAAAUGCGAAUGUCGCUCUUGAGAGGUCACGCGAGAAAAAAGAAGGAGUAAUCAAUAUUCAUACUUGUCCAAACAUGAACCUGUUUUCAGACAACUCAUGGAUGUACCAGGAACUGUCUCGAAAGAAACACAGGUACAUCAGAGCACCCGCCACGCCUGUGCCACCUGCCGAGUUUGUAUUCAGGAAGGAUGAGCCCGAUAGCUAAACUGUGGGUAGGUCAGUAGAUGGGCAGGCAGGCAGGCAAGCAGGCAGACAGGCAGGCAGGCAGGCAGGCAGGCAGGCA